GUUGCUGGGGAGCACAAGUAUCACCCGGAAUGUUUUCAGUGUGUCAUGUGUCAUACAUAUAUUGGAGACGGGGAGAAUUAUGCCCUCGUGGAAAGAUCAAAAUUAUUCUGUGGGAUGUGUUACAAUCAACAGAUGAAACCUGUUCUAGCCGAGACUCCUCGACGCCGUCGGAAACCACAUUCCAUACAAAUGAUAGAGGUUCAGCCUACCCCAGACAGACCUCGCGGCCUCCAUUUUAACAUUGAAAAGAAGAACACGCUUUACACAAGACAGUCUGCUAACAGAAUUAAUUCUCCGCAAAUAAAGAUUUCAAAGAUUGAUAGCAAUCCGGAACUCUUGGAUUUAAGCAUUGGUGAUCAAAUCAUUGAAGUGAAUGGCCUUAGUGUUAAAGAUCAAUAUAUUCAAGAAAUUAAAUCAGUCGCUGGAAAACCCAAUGAAGCUUACACCUUAUGGUUGAACGAGAUCCCUCACCGUUACCUGUACAACAAAGUUCUCCAGUAA